UAUUGGACGUACAAAAUAUGUUAUUUUUGGUACGUUUUAAAGAUGUCCAUUUUAUGUAUUUAUAAGAAACAUGCGUUUGGCGGCUCACAUAUACCUUUAUUUAUAUAUUGCGACGUUAUAUCUAUUCACGGAUCGUACCAACCCACAUAGCACAGGGACGUCGAUUGAACGUCCGAAGGACGUCCGAUUGGUCCAACAUGGAUAUCCGUGGGAUGUCCGUAUUCGUCCGUUGACUGUCCAUGGGACGUCCAUAUUAUGUCUAAAUGUCCGGCCUAUUUACGUCCAUAAGACGUCUUAUGGACAUCCGGUAGACAAAUAAGGAUAUCCCACGGACAUCCGUGUCGGAUGUCCUUCGGACGUCUAAUGGACAUUUGAUGGACGAAAAUACAGUACCUCGAUCUAUUGGAUGUCGAAUUCGAAUGUCUUAUGGACAUUCGGUAAACGAAAAUACAGGACAAUCCGGAUAAUUAAAAGCCCGUAUUGAUAGUCGUUGUUCAAUUCUAAAGAUCAGUCUGUUAUAUUUCUGUUGAUGUUCUGCCAACAUCAUGUAAAAUAUCAGAGCCUGUAUCAAAUUUGUAGUUUUUCUGUCGACAAAAUUUGGAAACAGAGUUUUCUGAAAUCUGUUCUCUACAGGCUUGGCUGUCUGGGUGGUAUACGCCGAUCUGGAGUGCGCCUUAGAGAAGGAGCGAGAGGAGAGUGAAUUUGUAUCGCGAAGCAGAGUUGCCUAUCAACAUCAUACAGCAUUCAGCAUUGGCUAUUACGUGCGAUGUGUGCGAGACGAGGAUGCGACGACAUACAAAUCGUAUCGCGGUGAGGAUUGCGUGGUUCGUGCGGGAAUUGAACGCUCUCGCGCAUCGCGCGAAGCAGACUCUCAGCGCGGUCGUGACUAUGACGUCGCUCACGUCAAAUGAGAUGCGUAGCUUUUGGAACGCGAAUCGUUGCCACAUAUGCGGAGAGCCAUUUGAGCCGAGGGAUCAGCGCGUGCGCGAUCACUGUCACAUAACCGGACGUUACAGGGGUCCGGCUCAUGCGCGUUGCAAUAUAAAUAACUACAACAAUUCCUUCGUAAUUCCGGUGUUUUUUCACAAUCUCUCGGGUUACGAUGCACAUUUCAUUAUCGAAAAGAUCGCCAACGGUUUCGAGGGUAGAGUGGAAUUGUUACCGUUGACCAAAGAAACGUACAGGGUGUUUCGGCAACAUACACAUCAGCAAGUUGGGUUGCCUAUCUGCUUGCGGGCGUAUCCCGUUUGGACACGUAACGAUUGGACACCACUCGAUUGGACACGCACUAUUGGACACACAUUAUCCCAGAUAGCACAGGAUGUCCUGUGGACGUCCAGUUUAAGUCCAAUUUACGUCCGAACGUCCGUGGACGUGAAAUGGACAUUUAACGGACAUUUAACAUUUAACAUUUGAUGUCUGUUGUCGUACCUUGAACGGAUAUCCUUUACGGGACAUCUUAUGGCAAUCCGGCACUGCGCGACACGCGCGCGGGCGCGCGA